AUGGCAAGAAGCCAUAGAUUAUUCAACUUCGAAGCUCCACCAAAAAGUCGUGGCGAGCUUGCUGCUGCUGGUCUAGAGUCCAGAGCUCGACCUUUCAUCUCAACAAGUCAGUCCGUCAAAGGCGUGGCCUCUAAGGCUAGAGGCCGCUCGCCGCCUGUCGACUGGCUCGCGGCCGAGACGGACCUUGCACAACAGCUUUUGAGCACUGGUCUCUGGGGAAGCGCGCGAUCGCGCGCUUCGAAGAAUUCGCCUGUGGAUACUCGUAGGGUCAACAUUGUGAGCGAGGAGCUCUGCUCCGAUAUCAUAAAGUACAUUGGACACUCUCUCGAGCGACAUAACGGAUGCGACCUGCUCGAUCUAAACCCGGGGGCUGGCCUCUGGAGCAAAGCCCUGCAUGAAGCCCUGCAGCCGCGCAAGCAUGUUCUUCUCGACCUCGACGCCGACUUUUACCGGCCGUUCCUGAGCGACCUCUUGUCCAAAAAGAACGUCGAAUUGAUCAAAAAGUCGGGUAUCAUUUGGGAGGAUCUCGAAAAUGUUGUGGCGUCCCGCUUUACUGAGCAGACAAAGGUCGCGCCGCACGCAGAAACACCCCCGUCACGCAACGACACUCUGCUCGUGACGGCGAACCUGUCAAUGUGCCCAAAGCGUGCAUAUCGAGGGUUCGAUAAUGUCGGGACCAUGGUUCUGUACCAGUUCCUGUCGAGCAUCCGGCAAAGUAGUCUGCUGCAACAGUACGGGCUGGUACGCUUUCUGAUAUGGACCAACGACGAGGACAAGCACCGAAUCCUGCCACGCAGCAUCCUACGCCGCCGCCGCAGCGCCUUCGAGGCCGAGCUUUCGUGUGACUGGCUCCACGAGGUCUGCGGCGCCGCCGUGGACGUCCACGCCCGCAUGGCUCUGCGCGACGAGUGGCUGAAUGUGGAAUCAUGCGCGGGCGCCAUGGCCAGGAUGGAGGCGCUCGGGAUCGAGAUGCCGGCACAUCGACAGACGGAGACGUAUAAGCGCAUUCGCGAGAGUCCAGAGCUCUUGACGGCCCGGAAUCUCGCGGAUACGGAAACGCCGCAACUCGCGCGGCCCUACAUCGAGGAACUCGACCGCCUACGGCACACGGUCGGCCUGGACAGCCCCGAGGAGGAGCAGCCACGCUUGCGGCAGCUUGAAUACCGCGACAGACACGAGCAGAAGCUGGCCGGUCGGUUCGGCGCCCUCCUUCAGCAGCGCAUCGCGACCAUCGCCCUCGCCGGCACCGCAGACUUUGCCGCGCACGAUGCCGCCUACGCCGCGGCCGCGGCACGGCUCCCCAAGAACAAGGCCGCCGAGUACCAACGGCUCGUCGACAACCACCACCUCUUCCGGCAAGCGCCGCCGGCGCUGCUCUGGGACCGGCGCGCGUACGAGCCGCUGGUCGCCCGACCCGCCGAGUUCUUCCCCAACGCGCCGACAACGCUCCUCGAUAUGCAGCCCAAGGCCACGGACCUGAUCCUGCGGCAGUACGGCCCGCGGACGUCGCGCUCCGGCGAGAUGUCAGACGUGCUGCUUCACCUGUGGUUCGCCAACACGCUGGGACCGCUCGAGGACGGGCCGGGCCGGCUCUGGGGCGGCUUCGGGAGUGAGGUCGGGCGCUGCCCGAGCUUCGGCGACGCGUGGAGGGGCGGCUCGCCGCUGUCCGGGGCGGGCCGCGUGCCGGCAAGGUGCGUCAACGAGGAGCAGUGGCUCGAGGUGAUGCGCGCGUGGAUGGACUGGCCGUUUCGCCCGGCGUACAGGCAGCUCCUGAGCCGGUGGUCGGAGGAGGGCGGCGCGGCGGACGAGGAGGACAUCAAGUCUGGCGCGCAGGGUCUGGGUUUCUAA